ACAUCAGUCACACAGUCCUCAGCCAUUGCACCCAUGACCAGCAGCCGAGAUGCAUGUGUCCAAGCUUGAAUUUUGCAUUACAACUUUGACUAUAUAUCAUGGCGUCCUUUUUGGAAGUUUUAGGAAUGAAGUUGUUUUUUUUUUUUGGUAUCACCAUGGAUUAAUAUUACAUGACCACCAACCAGCCCCAAGCAAAGCAACUUGAACAAACAAUAACACUUCACCAACCAACCAAAUCCUUCACACAUAAAUAACAACACCACCCUCCCAUUACCAUUACCUUAUCAUAUAUCUAACCCCUCACCACCCCCAUACACUACCUCAAAAUGUCCGGCAUGUUGAUGAAGAGUUCAACAAUACCGUUCGACCCAUUCUCAACCGCAUACCUUGUCCGAGAUCAACAGGAUUACGACUACUCUCCAUCGGCACUUUUUGCCCCCUUGGAUUACUUUCCCACAGACUUCAACUCGGAAUCACUGGCGUCUCCAACCUUGGAGAACAACAACAACAACAACGACUGGACCUCGUUCGACUCUCUCUCAUCACCAGACAUCUUCAAGACCGAGUCCUUUGACGACUCGCCCAUCCUAACUUCCAUCUCCUCCGUCAGCCCCUCAAUAGACCCCAUGGAUCUUGCUGCCCCAGUUUUACCGGACGACAAUGUCCCCUUUGGCGACUCGGCGGCAUUCCCAGACACCAUUACCGGCCCAUUAUUUCCAUCUCCUCAGCUCGCGCGGACCCAAAACCCACCCCCAACCAACCAUCACGCCUCCCGGCCAGAGCUCAGCGUGUCCACCAGACGUGGAACAAAGCGCAAGUCCACAGGCAGCAGCAGCACCUAUAGCGCGUCGCCGUCACCGCGCAGCUCCGCAUCUCCACCCCCGAGGCCGGCACAGCACCUUCCGCCCAAGAAGACGGCCCACAACAUGAUCGAGAAGCGCUACCGCAACAACCUCAACGACAAGAUCUCGGCCCUGCGCGAUGCCGUCCCGGCCUUGCGAGUCAUGGUCCACCGCCUUGAGGCAAACGCCUCGCCAGAUGACAGCAGCAGCAGCCGUUGUGUCCUAUCGCCUCAGGAGUUUGAGGAAGACCUCGGAGGCCUGACACCCGCGCACAAGCUCAACAAGGCCACGAUCCUGAGCAAGGCGACCGAGUACAUCAACCACCUGGAGCGCAAGAACCGUGCCCUGGCCCGCGAGAAUCACGGGUUGAGGGGGAAGGUCGAUGGGCUCGAGAUGUUGGUCAUGAAUGGAGCCGCCGGUGUGCAAAGAGUCCAGCAACAACAACAACAACAGCAGCAGCAGUGGUGCUGA